AUGGACGCAACUGAAGCAGUAGUUACAUCAAACGCGGCAUCGGGUGUUGAAGAAGAGGAACGAGACGCCUCGUCCUCAUCAGAACUCGAGAUCGAGGAGAUCAACGAUCAAGAGGUGCGCGAAACAACCGUAGGAGUACGGUACUUCAACUAUCGCGGCUUUACCAACCGGGUUCAAAAUGACGGCUGGGAUCACACCAUUGAGUGUCUGAUGAUCGGCUCUAACCCACGGGAGGAGAUGAUGGAGGAGAUGAAACGAACUGAAAGGCGCAGCGACGGGGAUCGAACGAAACCUGCAGAGCAAACAGGCACGCCGGCAAUGAUAUCAGACCGUGCCGACGGCAUCGGCGAAAAGAGAAACCUCUUUAGAGUGCGGAUCCGGUCCGCUGAGAUCCUUCGUCAUCUCGCCGAGCUCGCCGACUGGAGCGCUGAUCUUGGAUCGGCAUCGAAAGAAGACCUCGUGUUCUGCCGCCCGUUUCAUGCCUUUUAUUACUACCACAGGGCCAUGAAAUCUCGGCUUUUGAUGAUGAAGUUGCGACAUAAGGACGAUGAUGAAAAUGCUGAAUCCAAAGCGAUAUCUGAAAUGCAGCAUUAUGUCACCAUGGUCGAGGAGCUGGUUGUCCCCUUAUGGACUCAGUUCGAUGAGCCUAGCAAGUCAACCCCGAAGAAAGUGUCCUAUGAAGAAAUCUCUUUUCUUUUUCGGCCCGGGGAACUUGUUUAUGUUCCUCCCUCUCAGAAAACCACAAGGGCACACCAUCAAUCCGCCAUUCAAACCCUAUUCCGAGGGUAUUUCUGCGUUCCUUUGGACGUGUGGUAUCAGCUGUCGGAAGGAGGCUGGAAAGACCCAUCCACAGGGAGAAAUAAGUGGUUUAUGUACUGCUAUGACUACGAUGGAGAGGGCUUUCGAACUGCGUGGCACACGGUAUCGUUUGACUACUUUCAAGGGGAGCGGGAAAUUACUUCCCUGAACUGCUAUCCGCUCAAGUUCCACCCUAAGCGAGACCGUAUCCUUGAGGAGCAUAUAGAGAGAGGGCGGAAGUUCAAGGAGAUUGCCCAAGAAAAUGUCCAACAUCUUUACUACUCUGGAUGGAAUCUAGCGACUGGGAUCUUUGAGAAAGAGGAUCUAGUGUUCCCUGAACCGGAGUAUGUCGAAAGCGAAGUGAUUAUUGACAUCAAAGAAGCAGAACGCCAUGUCCCCGAGUGGGUGAAUCGAGAAGUUCCUGAGAUCGGGUCCGAAUGGACAAAUUGGGACAAGGAAGAAAUCUUUUUCAGAAUCUGGGAAUUACAGGAAGAAGAGCAACAAGACAAUGGCCUGGGACGGUGCGUUGUAUUGAGAGGCCACUUGGUCAUGCGAGAAGAUGGAAGUUAUUAUCAAGAAGCAACACGGGUCCAUGAGAAUAGCCCCUUCUUCCGAAAAGAUGGUACGAUCUGUUUCAAGGAAUGGGGAAACGAGGACUUCGCUCUAUUACCCAGAAGGCUGUUUGGGUAUGUCCUGCGUGAGAGAAAGUUUAUGCGACUCAACGUGCAGAACCUGCAGUCUAAAGCAGAAAGCGACAGAAUCACGUUGGACGACAUCCAGAUCAAAGAUAGCCAUAGAAAGAUCGUCCGGUCUAGCGUCUCCUCACACUUUCUACGGAGUUCCCGGAACAGAUCGGAUACAGUCCCACGGGCAUAUAAUCCAGAUAUCAUCAGAGGAAAAGGACGAGGGCUGGUCAUUCUUCUCCAUGGAGCCCCCGGGGUGGGCAAAACUGCAACGGCAGAAGCAGUGGCGCUUGAAUUCAACAAGCCCCUUUUCCCAAUAACGUGCGGUGACUUGGGGAUUACGCCGGAUGCCGUUGAGGAAACACUUAAGCGGAUUUUCCGAUACGCUCAUUUAUGGGAUUGUAUCCUUCUCCUGGACGAGGCCGAUGUUUUCUUAACCCAACGAGAUCGGUUCAACAUCGAGCGCAACGCUCUUGUUUCAGUGUUUUUGAGAGUUUUAGAGUACUACAGCGGGAUUCUCUUCCUGACCACUAACCGAGUCGGAGCGCUGGAUGAAGCAUUUCGAUCUAGAGUUCACGUCAGUCUCUACUAUCCUCAUCUAAGCUACACAGACACCGAAGCCAUACUCUGCAACAACCUAAGGCGACUUCCCAGAGCCGACGCAUUGCCUGAGGACGAAACUCCCGGAAGUGAUUAUAUCCAAGUCAUGGAUGGCGAGAUCAUUGACUUCAUCAAGGACGAGUAUAGCAAGCACUAUCAAACUCACCGGCGAGGACCCUGGAACGGUCGCCAAAUCCGGAAUGCUGUUCAGAUCGCCUCCUGCAUCGCAUUUCAUGAUCAAAAAGGCGGCCGCAAGAACCUUCCAGCUGUUCUCACCCGCGAACAUUUCAAGACUGUGCAUGAAACCAUGACCGAGUUUGACGGGUACAUGGCCAAGGCGCAACGAGUGGACCAGACCAAAAUGGCUCACAUGCAAGGCGUUCGCUAUGACCUUUACGGAGAGGAUGGUGGUGAUCAGGAACCAGUCGAGUAUGAAGGAUUCGGGGGUCACGGACCUGAACCUCAAUCUGCGAGCAAGUAUCCAUCUGGACGUGGAGGAAUGGUGACCAGCAAUAGAGGUCGAACAGUUCCUCGCCCAGCGGCACGACAACAGCCUGGUCCAUCCAGCGGGAGAUAUUCGACUACCGCACAGCCUGCUACAUACCGCUCAAGAGGCCAAGCUCCAUACAAUGUCACUUCGCAAGCAUAUGACGAACUCCACUACGAAGAACACGCAACGUUUCAGAGAGAGCCUCCUGCUAGAAGACUUAGCACCAAUGACCCGUACUCUAGAGUUCAGCGUCGUGGGCCCCAGCGAAGCAAGCAAAUUGAGAACCAGGAUGAUAUGUAUCCCGACCAUCCAGAACAUCUGUCAGAAUGGGCAGAUGAGAACGACCACCUGUCUGAGCGCGAGGAUGAUCCACAGAUCGCUCCGCGAUCAAUCUCCAGGUCAGCACAACAUGCCCGGAAGGUCUGUUGCAGGUACACGCGCCCACCAAGUCCAAGAGAAACAGGCCAGAUAUCGGCAAGCAGGGCCUCCAGUUCCAGCUGGAUAGCCUGA